UUAAUAUUAUACAUUGUUUCAGUUUUUCUUUUUCUGAAGUGUGUAUACAUUUUGUUUGGCUCACCCUAUAGGACUAAACAUGUAACAUGUGUAUAAGUUCUCCACCGCAUUACUUAAUGUUAUAUUAGUUUUAAUGUUAUACGUAAUGUGUAUAAUCAUAUAAGAGAAGGGUAAUAUUAAAAAGCACUUUACUUGCACAGAUGUCUGUUUGAUUUUCAAGCCUUUCCCAGCAAACUAUUUAGUUUAAUCUAAAUAUACAGUAUAUCAAAAAAAUAAAGAUUAAUUACUAGCCAGCAUUAUCUUAGUACGAAGCAUUACAUUAAUCACCCUGAUGCAUCCCAAUCCCUGUAAUAAAGAGAUCACUUCGGAUUGUGACAUGCGGCCUAACUGAAGGUUAGAAUGAGUAGACAAAAGCCUAAACGUGAAAUUGUUCGAAGUCUCGGACAGGAAGUGGUUAAAUUGGGGGCGUGGCUUGUGGGUGCCGCUGUCCAGCCGCAGCCGUCUGCAGGUGACGGCCGAUUUUACGCAGCAAUCUUCCACAACCAGGCGGGGCUGCGCUCACACUCAUCAGGCCUUUACAACAACUGUUUUGGGUGGAAAUUCGAAAAAUAAAAAAAUCCUUUCGUGGGUUGUUGGAACAAUACGGCAAGAUUUGACUGACGUCGCCUUCUAACAGAAAUCCAUCCGAACAGAACAAGUCGCGCUCUAUCCGUGGAAAGAAGAGGACGGAGAAACCCAAUGCCUGAUUUUUCCUGAGGAGAAAUCGCUGCUGCAGGUCUUCGGCAUGGCGUGGCCCUGCAUCACCCGCGCCUGCUGCAUCAACCGCUUCUGGAGCGAGCUAGAUAAAGCGGACAUCGCCGUGCCGCUUGUCUUUACCAAGUACUCGGACGUGGCCGAGGUGCGGCACCUCCAUCCGCAACCGGGGCCGUUAGCGCAAUCGCAUCAUCCCAGCGCGGUCGCCAUAGGAACAGAGCCCGCCCACACCGCGCCACAGGACGCGGCUGCAGCAUCAGCAUCCUCGGCGGCGCGCGGGUCGUCCGUCACGCGCCAGGACUUCAAACCCUGGAGAGUCAAACCGGAACCGAGCUGCAAACCCAAAAACGAGUACCGCCCGUGCCAAACACCGUUCGAUAACGAGACGCAGUACCGCAAAGAUUAUAAACCGUGGCCUAUUCAGAAACGCGGAGAUCACCCGUGGAUCCCCAAAGCCGAGAUCAAGAGCCAGAAGCAGGAGCACGUGACCUUAGAGCCGGACACGGGCGUGGAGAAGUGCGAGAUCGAGGAGAGAGUAAAAGAAAAAGAUGUCAGUGAGGAGAAGAAGAAGAGACCGGUGAAGAAAGAGGAGGAUGCUGAGACUGGAGAGAAGAAGAAGGAGCAGAGAGCAAGCUCCAAAGGAAGGUCCGAAGCUGAUGCUCUAAACAGGCAGAUCAAGCAGGAGAGAACCGCAGGAAGCUCAUACAGAAUGGAGUUCAAAGCAUACACAGAUGUAAAGCCGGUGAAACCCAUUAAAGCUAAGUCACAGUACAAACUGACGACGGAGGAGAAGGCUAAUUUGGAGACGAGCUACAGUGCCACUUUUAAAGGAGAGCAAGGGAAACCAGAGGCCACAGAUAACAAACAGCUGGAGCGACGCAGGAUACGCAGCCUGUAUAACGAGCCCAGCAUUAAAGAACCCAGCAAGCCAGAGAAGCCCAGUGUGUCCCACUCCAAACCCAAAAAGACGACAAGCCAUAGUAAAACAGCAAGCAAAGCUAAAGCAAAGCCAAACACUGGAACCCAACCUGCCAAGAAGAAAAGCUCCGUGAGUAAGUUGGAGUUAAAGCCUGAUGGAGGAGUCACCAAGAAAAGUAAAGAAAUGAUUAACAGACUGGCUGAAGGAAAAGAUUAGAUGCAAUUCCGUGUGGUGGGGAUUUGGGUGAAAGGGGUCUGUGGUCCGCUGCUAGAAGACUCACUUUUAUUUAAGCCCAAUUUCAAUCUAUUAGGCAUUCAUGUACGGAUUGUGGAUAUGAAUUUGACAGCUUGCUUUGCCUUGAAUGUCCUAUCACUGCAUAACCCAUAAUGAUCUUCUUGUUUUGUUUUU